AUGGGUUGUUUGAGUAGCAAAGACCGUUUAACAAAGGAGGACAUGGAGUUUUUAAAAUCUCACACACGUUAUGAUGAAUCAACAAUAAAGGAGUGGUACAAAGGAUUCAAGCAAGAUUGUCCAAAUGGGAGAUUGACUCCUGCAAAAUUUGUUGAUAUGUAUAAGAUGUUUUUUCCAUCUGGGAAUGCAGAAGAGUUUUGUGACCAUGUUUUUCGUACAUUUGACAUGGAUAAAAAUGGAUAUAUCGACUUCAAGGAAUUUCUUCUUGCAAUUGAUGUCACAUCCAGUGGAACCCCGGAAGAAAAAUUGAAGUGGGCAUUUAGAAUGUACGAUGUUGACGGAAACGGCGUUAUUGACAUUCAAGAAAUGACAAAAAUAGUCCAGGCUAUAUACGACAUGCUGGGCGCAUGUUCUUCUAAUCGACCAGCUGAUUCUGCAGAAGAAAGAGCGAAAAAUAUAUUUUCGAAAAUGGACGAAAAUAACGAUGGUCAAUUAACACAAGAAGAAUUUCUGAAAGGUUGUCUUCAGGAUGAAGAACUAUCCAAAAUGCUAGCACCAUAAAAUAUUUUUAUUAACAUAUAUGAAAUC